UAUUUAUGUCGCAAAUUAACGCACUGUUUUGCGUUGAAUGUAUAAUUCAUACAUUUAUAUUCAGCUGAGUGGAUAGGUUGCUUAGGAUGAAUAUUACAAUUUUUUUUUAAACGUACAGAUGGUGCUUCUAGGCUAUAGAUAAAGCAUAACACAAAGAGGUAUAACCUCUUUGAGCAUUACAUAAUAGCUGUGAUUGCUAUGCACGACAAUUCAUCGCCGCUGAACGGACGUGGUUCCCGGCGUCCGCAGUAAUCAGUGUGCGCAUUUCCCAGCACAACACAUCAUGUCCUCGUUCACAAUCCUGGGCUAACCACUGCUUCUAUGUGUUGAUUGGAACCGAGGGGGCGAUGGGGGUGCUGGUGCAAGGGGAAUCAGACUAAUGUCUCAUGGGUUCUGUGCGAAGAUCGUACCGCUGGCUUUGGUGUGCCGGUUAGGUGCUUCGCUGUCGCACGCAGACGACCUGAGUUCGCUGGUAUCAGGAGUCAACAGAGAGCAACUGUAACAUAGAAGGCCGAAGGGACACGCACACGGUUUGAGAGACAAGAACCGAAAAAUAAAGAGAGCUAGAUUUCAAAGAUAAAAAUGGAUGAUUUCACUGUCUUCAACAAGAACACAAUUUCAAAACGAAAUGGGCUUCUCCUUUGAAAGUCUAUAUCGACGUCUUUGACGGGGAAGAGAAUAGGAGCAAGAGACAAUUAUUGAUGUCUUGUGAAAUAGAGAAGCUGAGCUAUGACUUAAACACCGUUUCGAACGCGUUCUCCAUUACGUGUACCAAUGUGCACCUUGUGAGAUCGAAAGGAAAAGUCAUUGCUGUGCCUAGUCAAAACAACGACAACCAAGCGCCAUGAAAGUUUACAAAAAAUUGAACUGUAAAGGAUACAUCAAGCAUAAAAACGUGACUGUUUAACUUCGUUGGCAUUUUUAAUAUUGGGAUUAGAAAGGCAAAAGAAUAAGGAGGAGAUACAUCACCUUGCAAACUACAAGAGAUCUCGUAGCGAACGUUAAGAUCCUUGCAUAGACGAAGAGUGCAGUCAUGGCUGACCCGUUCGUGCUACCCUCAUCUUUCCCGUGUACAAAGAGUCUAAGCGCAAACUGCAUUUCUAAUGCAAAAUGUGCUUUUGGGGAUAUUUUAGAUGCCUCAAACAGAGAAAGCCAAGUGUUCAAAACAGCGGUAGCUAAGCGUCGUGACCGUAUUGUGGUCUCAAGGAACGGUGAUCAGUGUCCGAGAUUUUAUGAGUUGGCAAAACUGUUCUCAGCCCGCGCCUCCAGAUAUGAUAUUGCUGGAGCACAGCUGCUCAUGACGAGAAGAAAAACUGAAACGUUAACGCUGUCAAAAAUCCUGAAGAAAAGCAUUUACAACAGUGCUCACGAUAGGAAAAUGGGUGCAAAACGAAAAUACCCAGCGUUCGUCAGCUCGGAUUUGUAUAAUUCUCGGAAGACGAAAAAAUGUAAGAAAAUCCUUUUUCCAUCAUCACAAGAGGAAGAUAGUGGGGGAGUCCAAAACACUAUUGACAAGGCGGAGGGAAAAGACGAUAUUGAAAUCUCUCGCAAGGAUUGCAUUGCAGAUGUCGAGCAAAAUAACAAAGUGAACUCUGAAUCUGAAAACGCAAACGCAAGUGCUAUCAGAAACACAAGCUAUGGUUGUAACAACGCCAAUCUUGACGUGAUGUAUAACGAUGAGGUCACGCUUACGCCACGCGGGACAGGUGAGCAACCACGUGAAACUGCUUGUGAUAACAGUAAUUACUACCCCAGCCCUAGCGGGAUUGUGUUCUCGCCUGAGGCUUACAGACUGCAGCCUUUACAGGUUCUUAUGAGCACCUUGGGAGGGGGUGUGGCGGGGGGAGUAUGGAAGAAGAGACGAUCUCCUUUCUGUGACCACGAUUGCACCAUAGCCAAGGUUAGUAAAUUUGAAGAUUCUAAAAUCUUUCGCGAAAGUGGGUUUUAUGGAGAUGAAAUUCCAACAGGAGAUGACGAAGUGCAAAAUGAUCACCAAGCUGUGCCACAAAACAUGGAGACACCAGUAGGUGCUGAUGAGUGUCACGCUAAAGUACACGAGCAUGUGUGGAGGUGGAUCGAGAACUCUCGCCGUUUCUUCCAGAUGGACAACACUGAAAUCGGUCUUCGGCGUUUUCAAGAAAGGACUGAAGAACCUGAUUCCAAUCGUAGGCAUACAUCGGUUGUUAACAGCCUCAUUUCUGAUUACAUUUCUCCCAGUUCUACGACACAGUCUGGGCAACAGCUCGCCGACAUCCCAGAUUAUUUAUCCACAGCAUCCCAGGACAGCGAACAGAGCAGCACUGUAGCAAUAAGCACUAGCCCACGUCCAUCUCCGUUAAAUCUCACUGGUUCCCCCAAGGCCAAACAAGACGAUUACACGGAUUCCGAAACGGCUUUAACGACAUUCUCAAGCAUGAGCAUGACGUCAGAAGGUACCUCAAUAACAACGAGCCAGAGUCCAUCCACUGUCAAGCUCAAAAAUGUUACCGUAGUUGCCGUAGUUAAAAACACCCCAGACACUUCAAAGCCUGGUGUCAUUUCAAGACCUGGCAAUGCAAACGCGGGCAAGGUGCCAGCAGGUGUGUCGAAACGUUCAAGCCGCACGCAACAUAGGGUUUUCCAGGAAAAGCGCUCCAUCACCUCUAUAUUGCACCCAAAGUGUCACGAUGUCAUGCACAACUCUACGUAUCUCCCAGUACCUUGCAUCUCCCAAGGAAAAAGUUUCAUAUCUGUUUCUAGCAAGAUUUCCAAUGAUGCGCUCAUUCGAAAUGCAAGAAAAAAACCGUCAUGUAUCUCUUCCAAAAAGUCGUCGAAGCGAAAAUUUGCAACAAAGCACAAAAAAUCGUUGGACGGAAAAGUCAAACGAAAGCUAUUGGGCGAUAAAUGUUCUCCCAGAACUCAUGAAAACGACAGAGUGAAUGCCUUUAGGUACGAUCCGAUAUCCUGCAGCUCCAUGUGGCUGCAAUACAACAACAACAGACAGGAUAAUGAUACGCCUCCUCCACAAGGAAUAUCUGACGAGGAAGACCAAACUAAGCCGACAGAUUCAUCCGAAAAAGAAGCAGAAGAAGGAGAAAGCGGUCAUCAACAGGAACAAAACGAUGAGCAAGAGAACGUUGAGAAAGAAGGGAACGAGGAGGGGGAAAAAGGAGAGGAGAAGGGCAAAGAAGACGAACAAAUGAAAGAAGAAUAUUUUUAUUUCAAGAAACGGGAGGCCUCCUCCACCAAUCGUGACGUCCCAGCGACGCCGACCCCAACACUCGCCUCAGACGUCCCGAUCAACCCGACUAAAUGUCCUUCAGGAAGCCAAUCCAGCAAGUCACACAUGGCCAGAAUCCGCUGCGGUCAACAAAUUGAUCUCACAGAGAAAAGCUUCCUCCUCGCCCGUAACUGUCUGCUGAGACACGAGCACAGAGAGGAAGUGGCGUGCAAAUGUUUCUAUAAAGACAUCAACCCGAAAAGGAAGCUCACAAUAGACAGAAUACUUAAAGGAGAAGAGAAAAAAUCGCGGCCCGUAAGAGAAACAUUAUGCAGUCAGUACAACAGUGAAGCCUUAAAUCAACACGUUUCUGCCUUCCAAAAAAGUAAGCUCCAGGAACUGACUGAAGCCAAACCGGAUCAGACAGCCGAGGAGGCGUCAAGUGAACCCCCGGACUGUGAGGACGCGAAGGCAGUAGAAGAUUUCUUUCAGAACCUCAGACGAAAGCCUCAAAUCGACAUUGGUUACGUGAUGCAAAGCCCACUGGAGCGUUUAGGGUUCAAGGAGAAAAAAGAGCCUGUUGAAUACAUCCCUAUGCCAGGCCCUAUCGUUUUGAAGUGUGAAGCUAGCAAGUCUCAGGACAAGGCAAGUAAUGAGAAACACAGCAAGGCAGAAAAUAGCGAGUCGGCAGCUGUGAGCAAGAAGAAGAAUAAAACCGAGGAGGAGAUUUUAAAUGAGGAUAGAAAGGAGGAGAAGGUGGGAGAAACAGAAAGGGUUGAUAAAUGAUUAGAGAACAUUUUAGAACAGGAAGAGAAAGAGGAAAAGGUGAGUGAGAGAGACAGAAAGGGUUGGUAAAUGAUUAGAGAAUACUCUAAGGU